CCCAAUAUCUUUUCCUCUUUUAAACCACCCAAAGUUCUCUGAUUCACACUGUUCUUUCCCUGAUAAUGCUUAGACCAUUUCUAUUGUGUUAUUGUGUUCAGAAUGCCCAUCCUCCCCCAUUUCAAAUCACAUGAUGAACCGGGAAUUCCCCGAUGAGCUUCCAUAAUCCAUUCAGAACAACAACAUCUACAACCAUCUGGUCCAAACCCCCUUCUACCGAAGUAUUCAAUGCGCCUAUUAUUUACCACAGCAUUCUGUUGGCAGCUUUCAAAGGAAUCAGUGUUACCUUCAACGGCGACUGGCAGCAAAAAAAAGACCAAGGUGGGCUGAUAUUCGUCCUAGCAACUGCAGAGGCAAGCCACAGAAGUGGCUGAAGGCUGAUAUCGAGCUGAUUAACGGUAAGCUGUGUCUGGACACCGUCUUCAAAGACCAACAUAUGGAUCGGAGUCUGUUUCCUGUGUUGUCAGAGGUGCGCUGCGACACGGGAAAUUGCCCGAGAACUGAGGACUAGCAGCCUAUGGGUGUAUCAUGUGGAGGGAGACCAGGAAUUGCCUCUACGGGAGGCCACUUGGGCGCUUGAAGGGGAGGAUGAAGCGCAGGCAUUGGGUUGGUAUCUAUGCAGCAAGACUGCCCAGUCAAGGGGAUAAUUUAAACGUCAACUUCAAACACUUAGUAUAGAUUAAGCCGAAUGAGGCCUUUUCUACGGUGUGC